ACGGUCCGUCGGGCAGUGGAUCAGUUUUCUGCGAUGCCGUGCGGUGAUCGGACGUGUCCCGUGGACGUGCGUGUUUCGCUUUUCCGCUAAGCGGCUGUGUACCGUGUGUGAAUGUGUGUUUAGGUGUGUGUGCGUGUUUGAAGGUGAAAUCUGCAGUGUGAACUGGCUACCAGACGGUGCGAAAAAUAAAACAGCUCUUUGCAUGCAAGUGAUUAUAAAUAAUUUAUUUCCCUGUGCUUUAUUUAGAUAUCGAAACGGUUGGAAAAACUAAACCAACAAUAAGUGAAGUGAAAAAGCUCCCGCAGAAGAAAUAAACUUGCUUGCCAAGUGAACCGUUAGUGUGCGCUCAAGAAGUGUAGUGCGUGCGUUCUCCCUGCCUGCUUGCAGUGGAAUCUUUCCGCCGGUAUUGCUUUCCUAGUUGCAUCGAAUGCGGCCAGCGGAUUGCUCUGCUCCGUUUCCAUGUUGAUUACAUGAAACAUAAUGGAUAUCCUGGGACACUUACAAUGGACCUCAAUAGGCUAUUGAAGGUCUUCCCGGGCAUAGCGUUAACAUGGGUUUGCUUCCUGGUAGCAACGUACUGUGUUAAGCUGACCGAGGCGAGGAUAGGCUACUUCUGGCACAUAACGGAUUUACAUCUGGAUACGUACUACACUACCAAGGGCGAUAUCUUUCGCAGUUGCUGGCUUAACGAACAUCACUCGAACACAGCCAGUGCCAAGCGCCCGGGCCCGUACGGAGAUUACAUGUGCGACAGCCCAUGGAGCCUGCUGGAAUCCGCCACGCAAGCCAUGAAGUCCAAGCAAGGUGAUAACGUCGAGUUUGUCCUGUGGACUGGUGAUGGACUUUCUCAUUCUGCCAAGCGAAUGCACGAAACCAAGCGAUUGGACGUGCUGCGUAACAUUACGGAGCUGAUGAGCCGAACGUUUCCGUCACAGUUUGUGUUUCCGGUGCUCGGCCACGAGGACGGUAGUGCCAACUUCGAACAGCUCGGCGACCUCUGGCGCCACUGGUUGCCGCUCGAGGCGGUGCAAACGUUCGAAAAAGGUGGCUACUAUACGAUUGAGCAGACAAAGAGCCGGCUGAGAAUAAUAGCUUUAAACACGAACUACAUGCGACACGACGCCAAGUACUCGCAGUCGCACUCGUCCGCGGUGAAGCAGCGGCCGGACGGGUCCUACCACUACCCAGCGGGCGGCCACUACGGGGACCACCACAUGGGCAAACACUACCACAGCCGGGAGGGCAGCUCCUCCGGCUAUCUGUACAGCGACCGGCGGAACGGAUAUAGUAGCAGUAGUAACCUAGCGGACAGUGGUAUCGGUGGCCACGCCAGUGCAUUAUCGGGAUCAAGCAGCCACGAGUCGGAGAAGCAGUGGGAGUGGCUGGAGGAGGUUCUAGCAAAGUCGAGUAGAAAUAAGGAAACUGUAUAUAUCGUAGGACACAUACCACCAGGCUCGGACGAGCGCCACAUUGGCCACACGGUACCGUUCGGGCAUUCCAGCUUCACCGAGAAGAACAACGUGCGCUAUCUGCGGCUGGUGAAGCGAUACUCAUCGAUCAUCCAGGGACAGUUCUUCGGCCAUCUACAUUCGGAUUCGUUCCGAGUGGUUUACAAUGAAGUUGGAAAACCUGUCUCCUGGAUGAUGAUUGCUCCAUCGAUAAGCCCACGGAGAAGCAGCGAGUCCAACAAUCCCGCCAUGCGGCUGUACAAAUUCGACACCGAUACAGGGCAGGUCUUAGACUACACGCAGUACUAUCUAGAUUUAGAGCAAGCGAACAAGCUGGAGGAAGCCGUCUGGCAGCCUGAGUACAACCUUACCACCUACUACUACGGUCUCAGCGAGGUGUCCUCGCUGGCCCUGCACAAUCUGGCCGAUCGCUUCAACAACGCGGACGACGCGCAGUUCAUGAAGUACUACAGGGCGAACUCCGUGCGCCACGCGACCAGCACCUGCGAGGGAGUCUGCCUGCUCAACCACUACUGUGCCAUUACCAGGCUGGACUAUCGCGAAUUUCGCAGCUGCCUGGAGACGGCGGCCAAAGCGCUGGCCUCGAAAAAUGCCAGCCCCGCGGGACUGCUCGGUCCGAGCUUUGCCCGCAACCGGUUGCUCAUCGCCACCGUGCCAGCCGUGCUGCUGCUGUGUCUGUUCGCUUCCAGCACCAUCAGCUCGCUGGAAGUGGUCCGGAUUGCUUUCGCAGGCCCGUGCAUUGGUUUGCUUCGCUCGGUCGCUUUUAUUGUUUCGUGUUGGCGCUUCGCUGCAGGCUGCUGGAUGAUGGCGAUUGGUCACGUCACGCUGCUGCUGGCCUGCAUCGGGGCGAUCCGUGACGCUGCGUUCGUACCGCUAGUAAGUGCAUUCUCCUGUACUUUUCUCUGUUUGUCUCAACGGUGGCCGGCAAAGGUAGGGUCCGCUGGGAUGAUGCGCCAACUGAGAGCUUCUACGGUGAAUGGGAUGAAUGAGAAAAACACGUACAUAGCGUUCAGUUUGAAGUAGAUAAUUUUUCGUACCAGCGUCUGUUGACAUGUUCGUUGAAUGAAUUAUCUGCGAAAUAAUUUAGUUUUUUAUUUUGGUAGUAGAUUCAUUAUGCUCUGUUCGAUAUUCAAUCUAACGACUUAAUAUCCUAUCAAUACGGUGUGCUUAUUUGUAUGUUUGAAGCUUUUUUUAUACCCCAAUUAAAUUUCCUUAUCAUCUACACUAAGUUGUUCAACUAAAUGGGGCAAGGAGGUUAACAGAUGUGUGUUACAUUAUUGCAAACAGUGGAACUCUAGUAAAAAGUAAACAAAUGAAUGUGAUACAUAAUAAAACAAACAACAACAAAGGAAAAGAAAGACAAAAGCAUCGUAAAAACCACAAAACAGCCAAAAGCAGGAUCAUCCAUUGUUGGCUUCAAGAUAUGUUGAUUGACAAAUUCUAUAGCAAAAUCAAGCUUAGCUAAAAUUUUAUUGCGAUUUAAGUCGUCGCUCAAUACUCACCUUUCGCCGGUGGGACAGGUUACUUGCAUUCGCGGAAGAAUAAAAACCCCAAACGAAGCGAUAGAACGAACAGCACUCUUGUUCCCUGAAGCAUCUCGUAAAGCAUGCAUCUUUAUUACUUUCUUCCUCGCUGUGUACAUACACCCAGAGACUAAAGGAAAGGUAGGGCAUCGUUUUAUGUUUUUAAAUCCUCCCCCGAUUAUGCACCCAAUAAUGAAUGUUACGCUCUAUUACCUACAAAUUAAAAGGGAAGGAAGAAACAAAACAAACUACAGGAUAAUCAGGGGAUGCAAGUUGUAAAAACGCAAAGGAAUCAACAUUCGAUUCUGUUGCCGUUCUAUCGUUGAUUGUUUCCAAAUGGUGUGCUAAUGCCCAGCAAACGUGACAGAGAAUGCACUCAUUGGUAGGUUAAUUCAACUCCGACAAAGGGAUUACUUUGGACGGAAGGGAAAGGCGUUAGCUCUACUUCCUACUCAACUAUGGCCAUUAGUAGCAAAACACUAUGUCUCAGCGAAACACACACACUCAAAAAAAAAGAACGAUAUACGCCCGUCAAGCGACGCAUACAUAGGUAAAAGCCAAAUUUUUCUAGAGCUUUGUGACCCCCCCAAUUGUGGAAUAAUGAGGGAUUGGGUUAGACGAGGGGAAGGCAAAGCAAAACCAUCGCGCGUUUUACAUCGCAUUCGUUUUACCCAUUUGCAUCACAACUUAAAUGUAAAGAGAGAAGCAAACAAAACAAAAACAAAAACACUCAAACUCACACUCAAACGCGCUCCACAGGACUCCUGCUCAUUGUCGCUGGUACUGGGGACGACAACCCAAACCAGCAAACGGGAUGGAUCUAAUAAAUAUUUUAAAACACACAUCCAAACUUAGUCACUAGUUAAAACCCCAGCGAAACAAAAAAAACAAA